GGAUGAGCGCAGUAAUCAGGAAGUGCUGCGGCGGCCAUGUUGGUACACCCUGUGCAGAGUUGAUCGGUUGGUCGCCUUGCUGGGAAGGUCAGACGGUAACUUCUAUCACCGGAAUCUCUUAGAUCGAUCUCCGGAAUCACGAAAAUCACAAAUAUUUAUAAUACUGAGUGCUAAUUAUUAACAGUGGGUGUACAAAAAUGGCGGCGCCCUGACUUCAUCGGCCGUAUUACUCCAAUGAUUGAGAAGAGAGCGGACUGCAAACAUGAAGCUGAUCCGAAAAGACAUCGAGAAAGACAACGCGGGUCAGGUGACGUUGCUCCCGGAUGAGGCGGAGGACAUGUGGCACACCUAUAACCUGCUGCAGGUGGGGGAUAGCCUGCAAGCCUCCACUAUCAGGAAGGUACAGACGGAGUCCGCUACAGGAAGUGUCGGCAGCACCCGGGUCCGGACCACCCUCACCAUCCGCAUUGAGACCUUCGACUUUGACUCUCAGGUCUGCCAGCUCCGGGUGAAAGGCACCAACAUCCAGGAGAACCAGUAUGUCAAGAUGGGGGCUUAUCACACCAUUGAGCUGGAACCGAACCGCAAGUUCACCCUGGCCAAGAAACAGUGGGACAGCAUUGUGCUGGAGAGGAUCGAGCAGGCCUGUGACCCCGCCUUCAGUGCUGAUGUGGCGGCGGUGGUCAUGCAGGAAGGACUCGCCCACAUCUGUCUGGUCACAUCCAGUAUGACGCUCCUCCGUGCCAAGAUAGAGACAAACAUCCCACGCAAGAGGAGGGGCAACUGCUCCCAACACGAAAAGGCUCUGGACAAGUUCUAUGAACAGGUCAUGCAGGGAAUUAUCCGUCACAUCAACUUUGAUGUGGUGAAGGUGGUGUUGGUGGCGUCUCCGGGGUUUGUCCGGGAACAGUUCUGUGAGUUUCUUUUCCUUCGAGCCGUGAAACAAGAUCUGAAGAUCAUCCUGGAGAACAGAGGGAAGUUCCUGCAAGUGCACAGCUCAUCCGGACACAAGCACUCCCUCACAGAGGUUCUGAGUGACCCCAUUGUCACUUCCAGGCUGGCAGAUACCAAGGCAGCUGCUGAAAUUAAAGCCCUCUCUGACUUCUACAAAAUGUUGCAGCAUGAGCCCGACCGGGCGUUCUAUGGGAUUAAACAUGUGGAGAGGGCUAACGAGGGGCUGGCCAUCGAUACGUUGCUGGUGACAGACGAGUUGUUCAGACAUCAGGACGUGCCGACACGAACCCGAUACGUGAGACUAGUGGACAGCGUGAAAGACAACGGGGGAACCGUAAGGAUAUUCUCCAGCCUGCACGUCUCCGGAGAACAACUGAACCAGCUGACGGGAGUGGCGGCCAUCCUGCGAUUUCCAGUGGCAGACGGGUCAGAGGAGGAGUCAAGCUCAGACGAAGACUGAAUCUCUGAGGAAGACUCACCAUGUCCCCUCCCAUGUCUGACUUUAUGUGGAUCCGCCCUCUCUCAUAUCUGGCUCCUCCCCCCCGCCCAUAUGUGGCUCUGCAUGGAGAUACAAUGGAAGCCUAAUUGACUGAAUGGCCGUUAUUUAUUAUACAGGAUCCGGGGCGUGCGCUGGGGGGAGCAAUACUCUCACUGUGAUGUCAUUGGUAUGAGGUCACAUGAUGUCAUCUGCCGUGGUCCUGCAAUAAAAGAUGUGUAGUGUGGACCGCA